AUGUCUCAAGAUACCGAUUUCUCAGUAUCUUCAGAUAGUCAAUCUAUCGCUUCUAAAGAUCAAAGCUUCUCUGGUGCAGAUAUAGCCAACCCUCAUAACCGAAAUGGUGAUAAUAACAGCAGUUUACACAUUUCUACCCGCAGGGCUUCAAUGGUCAUGUCAGAUGAUGUAAAGUCUCAAGUCGAAUGUUUGGCAAAAACUUUAUCAAGACAUACCACAAGAGAUGGCCCAGUUAAAGAUAUAUUCGAAAAUAUAGAAGCCUCUCUAGACUCAGAUGCCUUCGAUGCAAAGGCUAUAUUCACAUCGUUCGUCAAUGGUGCAAAUGAACAAGGUAUUCAUUUACGUAAAGCUGGUGUAAUACUAGAAGAUAUCUCCGCCGAAGGUACUGAUGCCUCUGCUUUGGAAGGUCAAACUUUUGGUGAUAUUUUAUCUUUGCCUUACACCAUAUAUAAAGCAAUUAAAACUAAAAGACAAAGUAAAAUGAGAAAGAUUUUACAAAACAUAAACUGUUUAGCCGAACCUGGUGAAAUGGUAUUGGUAUUAGGUAGACCUGGUGCAGGUUGUUCCUCUUUUCUAAAAGUUACCGCUGGUGAAAUAGAUCAAUUUGCUGGUGGUGUCAAAGGUGACGUUUCCUAUGAUGGUAUUUACCAAGAUGAAAUGAUGAAAAAUUAUAAAUCAGAUGUCAUUUAUAAUGGUGAAUUAGAUGUCCAUUUCCCUUAUCUAACCGUCAAGCAAACUUUGGAUUUCGCAAUUGCCUGUAAAACUCCUGCAAAAAGAGUCGAUGAUGUCUCGAGGGCUGAGUACAUAGCAGCUACAAGAGAUCUAUUUGCAACCAUUUUCGGUUUAAGACAUACUUAUAAUACUAAAGUUGGUAACGAUUUUGUUAGAGGUGUCUCAGGUGGUGAAAGAAAGCGUGUUUCCAUUGCUGAAGCCUUGGCUGCAAGAGGUACCAUUUACUGUUGGGAUAACGCUACUAGAGGUUUAGAUGCCUCUACUGCUUUAGAAUACGCCCAAGCUAUUAGAAUCAUGACCAACCUACUAGAAUCAACUGCAUUUGUCACUAUUUAUCAAGCUUCUGAAAAUAUCUACGAAUGUUUCGAUAAAGUUGUAGUAUUGUUUGCAGGUAGACAGAUUUAUUAUGGUAAAAUCAAUGAUGCAAAGGAUUAUUUUGCUAGAAUGGGUUAUAUAUGUCCAUCAAGACAGUCUACUGCAGAGUUCUUAACGGCUUUAACUGAUGUAAACGGUUUGCAUAUCAUCAAAGAGGGUUACGAACAUAAGGUACCAAGGACUGCAGAGGAAUUCGAACAUCAAUGGUUAAAUUCUCCAGAAUUCCAACAAUUACAACAAGAUAUCCAAGAUUAUAAAGAUAGAGUAGAUGCCGAAAAAACAAGAGAAUUAUACCAACAGUCAAUGAAUCAAGAAAAAUCAAAAUACUCAAGAAAGAAAUCGUAUUUUACCGUUUCAUAUCCUGAACAAGUUAAACUUUGUGUUCAACGUGGGUUCCAAAGAAUUUACGGUGAUAAAACGUCAACUAUUAUCAACACUGUUGCAGCUAUCGUCCAGGCUUUUGUCACAGGGUCCUUAUAUUACAAUUCGCCAUCAACUACUAAUGGUGCCUUCUCAAGAGGUGGUGUGUUGUAUUUUGCAUUAUUAUAUUAUUCAUUGUUAGGUUUAGCCAAUAUUUCCUUUGACCAUCGUCCUAUUUUACAAAAGCAUAAAGGGUACUCACUAUAUCACCCUUCAGCAGAAGCAUUAGCAAGUACCAUUUCUGCAAUGCCUUUCAGAUUAAUCGGUAUUACAUGUUUCCUAAUCAUUCUAUUCUUUUUGUCUGGUUUACAUAGAACUGCAAGCACUUUCUUCAUCGUCUACCUAUUCUUGAUUAUGUGUGCUGAGGCCAUUAAUGGUUUAUUCGAAAUGAUUUCCUCUGGUUGUGACAACAUCGCCCAAGCUAACUCUAUUUGUGGUAUUUUAAUGUUGGCUAUCUCCAUGUACUCAACUUAUAUGAUUCAAUUGCCUUCAAUGCAUCCAUGGUUCAAAUGGAUUUCUUAUAUUUUACCAAUUAGAUAUUCUUUUGAAUCUAUGUUAAAUGCCGAAUUCCAUGGUAGACAUAUGGAAUGUGGUGGUACUUUGGUUCCAAGUGGUCCAGGUUAUGAAAACGUUGCUAAUGCUAAUCAAGUUUGUGCUUUCGUAGGUUCCACUCCAGGCCAAUCUUGGGUUUUAGGUGAUAACUAUUUGAGAUUACAGUACACUUAUGAAUAUAAGCACACUUGGAGAAAUUUUGGUAUCAUGUGGUGUUUCCUAAUUGGUUAUGUUGGUUUGAAAGCUCUUAUUACUGAAUUCAAAAGACCUGUUAUUUCUGGUGGUGACGCUUUAAUCUUCAAGAAGGGUUACAAGAGAUCUACUAUUUCUUCAGAUGAAGAAUCUGCUGAUAGUUACAACGUUGCUGACGUUAAAGAAAAAUAUUCUACUGGUGAAAGCUUCAGUGAUGAGCACGAUAAUAUUUUCGAAGGUUUGAAAAGUACUGGUAUAUUUUUAUGGAAUAAGGUCUGUUUUACUAUUCCAUAUGAUGGUGGCCAACGUAUGUUAUUAGAUCAUGUUUCUGGUUACUGUAUACCAGGUACUUUAACUGCUUUAAUGGGUGAAUCUGGUGCUGGUAAGACUACUUUAUUGAAUACUUUGGCUCAAAGAAAUGUCGGUAUCAUUACCGGUGAUAUGUUGGUUAACGGUCGUCCAAUUAAUGCAAGUUUUGAAAGACGUACUGGUUAUGUUCAACAACAAGAUGUUCACAUUGCUGAAUUAACCGUUAGAGAAUCAUUACAAUUUUCUGCUCGUAUGCGUCGUGCCCAAAGUAUUCCUGAUUCUGAAAAGAUGGCAUAUGUUGAAAAGAUCAUUCGUAUCUUAGAUAUGGAAGAAUAUGCUGAAGCUUUAGUUGGUGCAGUUGGCCGUGGUUUAAAUGUUGAACAAAGAAAGAAAUUAUCUAUCGGUGUUGAAUUGGUUGCUAAACCAGAUCUAUUGUUGUUUUUAGAUGAACCUACCUCUGGUUUGGAUUCUCAGUCUUCUUGGUCUAUUGUUCAAUUAUUAAGAAAGUUAGCCGAAGCUGGUCAAUCUAUUUUGUGUACCAUCCAUCAACCUUCUGCCACUCUAUUUGAACAAUUUGAUAGACUAUUACUUUUAAAGAAGGGUGGUCAAACCGUCUACUUCGGUGACAUUGGUCAAAAUUCAACUACUUUAUUGGAAUAUUUUGAAAGAAAUGGUGCUAGAAAGUGCGAUGCUAAGGAAAACCCUGCUGAAUAUAUCUUGGAAGCUAUCGGUGCCGGUGCAACUGCAUCAGUCAAUGAAGAUUGGCAUCAAAUCUGGAAGAACUCUCCAGAACAUACUGAAACUGAACAAAGAAUUGAAGAAAUGAUAAGAGAUUUAACUGCAAAAGGUGCUGAUUCAGCAGAUGAUGACAAUUCUAAAUACGCUACAUCCUACUUCUAUCAAUUCAGAUACGUCUGGAUUAGAACUGCCACAACUUUGUGGAGAGAUUUGCCUUACAUCAUGUCUAAAAUGAUGCUGAACAUUACUGCUGGUCUUUUCAUUGGUUUUACUUUCUAUGAUGUCGGUAAGACUUUUACUGGGUUACAGAAUGCUUUAUUUGCAACCUUCAUGGCUAUUGUUUUGUCUGCUCCUUCGAUGAAUCAAAUUCAAGCUCGUGCCAUUGCAUCAAGAGAAUUAUUUGAAGUUAGAGAAUCAAAAUCUAAUAUGUUCCAUUGGUCAUUGGUCAUGGUUACACAAUACUUAUCUGAAAUCCCAUACCAUUUAUUUUUCUCAACGUUAUUCUUUGUCUCAUUGUAUUUCCCAUUAAGAAUUUUCUUUGAAGCUUCAAGAUCUGCUGUGUUCUAUUUGAACUAUUGUAUCUUAUUCCAAUUAUUUUAUGUCGCUCUAGGUUUAAUGGUUCUGUACAUGUCUCCUGAUUUACCAUCCGCUAAUAUUUUAAUGGGUUUGACCUUGUCAUUCUUAAUUUCUUUCUGUGGUGUUACUCAACCGGAAUCAUUAAUGCCUGGUUUCUGGACUUUCAUGUGGAAGGCUUCUCCAUACACAUAUUUCGUUCAAAACUUGGUUGGUAUUAUGUUACACGAAAAACCAGUUAUUUGCUCAAAGAAAGAAUUGAAUUAUUUUGCUCCUCCAUCAGGUAUGACAUGUGGGGAAUAUAUGGAACCAUUCUUAAACCGCUCAACUGGUUAUAUUGUCGAUCCUUCUUCUACUACCGAAUGUGCAUACUGUAUCUACAAUGUCGGUGACGAUUAUUUGACACACAUCAGUUCCAGCUAUAGCUAUCUAUGGAGAAAUUUCGGUUUUUACUGGGCUUACAUUGGUUUCAAUAUUUGUGCUAUGAUCGGGGUUUAUUACAUUUUCCAUGUUAGAAAGAUUUCAAUGAUCAAACCAGGAAAUAUCUUAAAGAAGUUCAAGAAGAAUUAA